AUGGCGGGCCCUCGCUCCUCCCAACGAUCGACCGUCUCCUCCCGCUCCACCACCCCCCACGCCGCAUCUUCCGGCACAAACUCCGGCGCCAAUUUCGGCGGAUCCUCUGCUUCCGCGUCCCCAUCCUUCCUCUCCCGCGCGUUUCCCGCGUUGGCAGCGUCGCUUCUCGCGCUAACGGCUGUCGUCUUUGCGUUCACCUACUCGAGGCCGUCGCUUGGGCGAUGCGACGUACUCCAGCUGCAGCUCAUGGGACGAAAGCAGGGAGACGACCUGGGGAAGCACCUGAAAGUGCUGGAGAAGCAGAUGAAUUACAACAAGAAACUCGUGGGAGCACUACAGGCAUCUCUCGCCAAGUUGACUGCUGCUGACUCAGCAGCGGCGGCAGAGGCCGACACGUCAACGCCUGCUGACGUGGCAAUCCCUGGGAACGCCAGCACGCGCCAGCUGGUCGAGCUGGCAGCGCGACAGGUGGCGGAUGAAGUCCGGGCAUCAAUGGAGGAAACGGAGAACGCCACAGAGGAGCGGGAUCUGAACAACAAGUUUCUCGAGUCGUUCAAGCAGCCAGGGGGGCAGCAGCCUGACUUCCUCAUCAUGAGCAUUGGAGCGCACGAGGUGAGGCAUGGCAUUGGGGCGCACGAGGUGAGGCAUGGGGACACGUGGGUGGGUGGGAUGAGUAUGGCGCACGAGGUGAGAUGGCUGGCCAAUCUCCUGGCCAAUCACCUGGCCAAUCACCUGGCCAAUCCCCUUCCCCUGCACUCUCCUGCUCCCUGA